AAAUGAAAUACAUGAAUAAUAGCAAGAUUUGUAAACAUUUACCUUUAAGGUUUAUGCAAUUAUUUUCCCAAGUGUAUAUUUUAAAUGAUGAAUGCGCAUUUUUUGAUUGUUUCGCUGUCGCAAUUUAAGGAAAAUGCCCAAACAUAUGCACAUACAUACAUGCGAAUGAAUGUAAAUGAAUGAAAAUAAAUUUUUUCUGAACUCAAACCGUUUCAGAGACUCGAGCGGGUAACACGUAAAUUAUCUCGAUCUGUUAAGUAAUUGUUUAGAACAGCUUUUUGCAUCCAAAAAUUGCAGACAAUUAAAGUGAGUGAUGCCAAUUCACAAAUGGUGGACAUUGUUCAAAUCUAAUUUAAGUGCGACCGCCUUUAAUUCUAAAAUGAAAAUCAACAGCGAUUCAAACCAGGAACAAUACUACAGACGAAAUAUUUUAGGGAAAGUUAAUGCUGCGGAUUGCGCCAGCUAUUCCCACAAUUUAUUUAUUGAAUAUAAGCUACAAUUAUUUUUCUGGGCUGCAGUAUGCUGCUGCGUUCUCAUAUUUUUGAUUUGUCUGGCUAUAUGUAUUUCUAUAUAUGUAUAUUUUUUAAGCUAAUCAAAGUUAAAGUUAUAAGUGGUUCAAUCUAAGGUAACCACUGUAUUAUUAUUUAUGGGAAAACCUCGACUGUAUUUUAUUAUGCUGAUUCGUUCACAUUUGAUUGGUUUCCUUGUUUAUUUAAGAUUUGGGUUUUUUAGUUUAAGUGUAUCCUAUUUUUAUACCCGUUGAUCGUAGGGUAUACUAGAUACGUUUAAAAGUAUGCAACAGGCAGAAGGCACAUUUUUGAA